ACUGUGACCCAUGCAUUUUUUGAAUGUCCGCCAACUAUUCAAGUCUGGUCAUUAUCAUCGACUCCAACAAGCCCUGAUAUAUUCCCAGUAUCAAGUGUCUACACAAAUAUGGAUUAUCUGUUUUGGAGGAAGAAUAGCAUCAUCGAGCCAGAACGAGACAGGGAUCCUUAUCCCUGGAUAUUAUGGUACAUUUGGAAGGCUAGAAAUGACAAACUCUUCAGAGGAAUAGAUAGAGAUCCAUUGGAGCUAGUUCGACACGCAGAGAGUGAAUGUCAAGCAUGGUUUGAUGCUAAUGAAGCGGUACAACCAGUGUUACAACCAGUGGUUCAAGCUAAUAUCCCUAAGAUAGCCCAAGUCAUACGUUUGGGUAAUAUAUGCUUGCUAGAUGGAUCUUGGACAUCUUCUGCUUACUUUAGCGGAUGCGGCUGGGUAUGGAUGGACAGUGCUGGGAAUAUUCAACUUAUGGGAACAAAGAAUUUCACUCGACGUGAAUCAGCUUUGCAUUCGGAAGUAGAAGCACUGCGGUGGGCGAUGGAAAAUAUGCUUCAACAUUCAACAUGCCAGAACUUUGGGACAGACUGCAACGAGCUGAUUGCAAUGUUAAAGGACCCUCAAGAUUGGCCAAGCUUUGCGACAGAAUUGGAGAGAAUAGAGACAUUACAGAUAUGCUUCCUGGACUUCAGCAUCAUUCAUGUUCCACGGGCGCGCAAUCAGAUUUCAGAUUUUUUAGCUAAGACUGCAAGAUCCUUCCAUAGGGAGUUACUUUUUAUUGGUUGUUCUAUUCCGGUUUGGUUACCCAGACCACCUCAAGUUUGAGUAAUAGAAUGGCCUUUUGACGUCAAAAAAAAAAAAACUCUCGUUUCUAUAUUUUUUCUAUCUUCUUUGAAAAAAUGGAUCCCAACCAAAAUUCUUCUAAUAAUAUCCAAAACCCUUCAAACAACCCUUUUAACUAUCCGAAUCCCAACAACUAUCCAUUCCAAAAUCCGUUUCCUAACCCCAACCAACCCCAAAACAUACCAAAUUAUGGUUUUCCACCAAGUUUUUUCACGCCAUCGGCUGUUCCAAACUACCAUCCAUAUUAUGGUUCGCCAAUGUCAUAUUCAUCUCAACCACCCACUUAUUCUUCUACUCCAAAGGAUAAGAAAAUUGCUUCGAAUGUUGGAGCAACUGAAUUUCCCGAGUUUUCUACACAAAUGACUCUUGGUGGUAUAAGUGGAGUUAAUGAAGCAACUCUUGGAGCAGACAGUUCAGCCUCUGCUACCCGAAAAAGCGUCAAAUGGACAACUGAGCAAAAUUUGGUGCUAUUGAGUGGGUGGAUCAAAUAUGGAACAAACAGCGUUGUUGGCAGAAACCAGAAAAGUGAAUCAUUUUGGGGCAAAAUUGUUGAGUAUUGUAAUGAACAUUGCUCAUUUGAUCUUCCGCGCAGUGGAGUUUCAUGCAGAAAUCAUUACAACUACAUGAACCAAAAAUUGUCAAAAUGGAUUAGCGCUUACGAUAACGCUAAGCGUAUGCAACAAAGUGGGUGGUCGGAGCAAGAUGUAUUGGCGAAAGCGCAAGAAAUCUAUUCAGGUGGUGGUACCGGAAAUUUCAAUUUAAUGAAAGAAUGGAUCGCUGUCCGUGAUCAACCACGUUAUGGUAGUCAAGUUGGAGGGAAUAGUGGCUCUAAAAGCAGUGGAUCUAAGAGAGCCCACGAUUGUGAUGCUAGUGACUCUAACUCUGUUGGAUCCACUGCUCGUCCAAUGGGAAGGGAUGCAGCAAAGAAAAAAGCUAAAAAGAAAGGCAAGAGCGUAGCCUUGGAAGUGGUCAACGAAGAUUUUAAUGAAUUCAAAUAAAUCAAGGCUCAAGAGUUUGAACGCUUGGAAAAAUUAGCCAUGUUGCAAGAGGAGGCAAACCAAAGGAGAAAAGAGGCAAUCCAAAGACAAGUGGAGGCAAACCAAAGGCAAGAUGAGGCAAACCAAUUGAUGAAAGAAAAAACUCGGGCUAAGAAGAUGAAAAUGUGGCUGAAGCUAAGUGAAAAGAACAUCUCAAUGACAAGAGCAAAGAUAUGUUCCAAUAGUUGAGCGAUGAAUUAUUUGGAAAUUAAUUGUGGUCAAAAGUGGUUGUAUGCAUCAUACCACGUCCAUGCUUAUUUGCAUCAUACCACUCUAUGCUUGUCUGUGUCAUGGCACUCCACGCCUUCAUAAUUUUUUUUUGUCAUUCUCUCCUUUAAUAAUGUUGUUGUCAGUUGAUGCUUUAAUAAUAUAUUUUCUUGUUAUGCUUUAAUAAUAUAAAAUCUUAUCCUCCAAUCACUCAACAUGAUUUUAAAGCGCCUGUGACUUUAAAAAUGGCAUAACGUUAUCUUGCGACCACUCAACAUGAUUCAAUAAUGUUGUUCAGUACCCGUGACUUUUCUAUCAGUGUUAUCCGUCAAUUUUGGCUUUAAAUGCAUAACUUUAUCUUGCAACCACUCAACAUGAUUCAAUAAUGUUGUUCAGUGCCCGUGACUUUUCUAUCAGUGUUAUCUUCUAGCCACACAAUGUGAUUUAAUAAUACUGUCAAGUGCCCGUGACUUUUUCUUUAAUGUAAAAAUAUUAUCUUCCAACCACUCAACAUGAUCUAUCGGUUUCAUUGUCUUAUAAAUAUGAACUCAUUCUUUCAUUGAUGUAUCAAAACCACAAUGGAUCCAUCAGAAAUUCCUUUUGAUAUGGAUCCAUCAGAACUUUUUUUUGAUAUUGAAGCUUACAAAAAACAAUCUGAAAUUGAAGAAAUGUAUAUUCUCAACCAGUUUAGUGAGCAUCGAAAGAAAAUAGAGGAAGACUAUCCAUCUCGAAGCAAGAGAAGAUACCACAAGAGAGAUCAUGCAGCGGCAAAUCAAAGAUUGAUUGACGACUAAUUUUCCAAUCAACCUACAUAUGACGAUACAAUGUUUCGUCGACGAUUUCGGAUGCGAAAAGAUGUUUUUCUCCGAAUCGUAGGGGACCUAUCAAGAAGUGACGAUUACUUCACUCAACGAUAUGACGCAGCUAAUAAAGAAGGUAUAUCUCCAUUAGCGAAAUGUACCACAGCCAUGCGAAUGUUAGCAUAUGGUAUGGCGGCCGACGCAGUUGAUGAAUACAUCAAAAUUGGAGGCACAACAGCUUUGGAGUGCUUGCGUAGGUUCUGCAAGGGAAUCAUACAAAUGUACGAGCAAGUGUAUCUCAGAGCCCCAACUGAAGAUGACCUGCAAAGAAUUUUGCAUGUUAGUGAAAUGCGAGGGUUCCCGGGGAUGAUUGGGAGUAUUGAUUGCAUGCACUGGGAAUGGAAAAAUUGUCCUAAAGCGUGGGAAGGACAAUAUACUCGGGGAGAUAAGGGAACUACCACUGUUAUUCUUGAAGCGGUUGCAACCCAUGAUCUAUGGAUCUGGCAUGCUUUUUUUGGAUGUCCAGGCACAUUGAACGAUAUAAACGUUCUAGAUCGUUCACCAGUGUUCGAUGCUGUUGAACAAGGAAAUACUCCAAAAGUUAACUUCUUCGUGAACCAACGACCUUACAAUAUGGCGUACUAUCUAGCUGACGGUAUUUAUCCUUCUUAUCCUACUUUUGUCAAAUCGAUUAGGCUUCCUCAAAGUGAACCGGACAAGUUAUUUGCACAAGUUCAAGAGGGAUGUUGAAAGGA